AUGGAUCAGGGCCGGCAGUCGAACCCGCCUGCUGGGCUGCCCACUACUGUGCGCUGGAUCCCGGACGCCGAAGUGAGCGUGUGCUACGGUUGCCAGCUGCUCUUCGACUGGGUGCGCCGCAAGCACCAUUGCCGCUACUGUGGCCACGUGUUCUGCGAGCUAUGCACACCGCAGCGCAGUCUCAUCCAUGAAGACCAGAUUCUCACCAACCCAGAGCGCAAGUAUCUGGCCGUGAACGCGCGCAACCCGCAGCGUGUGUGUGAUGAUUGCCAUGCGCGGCUUGAGCCGGAACAAGAGGAGCUACGUCGGACGAUGAGCCACGCCGUGCAGCAGAUGGAGGUCAAGGAGUCCGGACCGCAGAGGUUCUUCAACAGCCCCUACUCCUUCACACUGCGCGAGGAGAUCCGCAAGGCCACGUACAGCGUCAAGAAUUUCACGUUCCAAGGAGUUGUCAAGGAUCAGUCUAUCCCGCUACCGCUACUCACUCACGCCAAGGGAAUCGCUUUCCUGACAGUGAUCAAGGUGGGUUUCGUGUUCACGGGCCGCAUGGGAACUGGUCUCGUGGUCGCUAGACUACCGGACGGCCGGUGGUCAGCUCCGUCGGCUAUCGGUACUGCUGGUGUGGGCUGGGGUCCACAGAUAGGAGGAGAAAUCACGGACUUUGUGAUCAUCCUCAACACGCAGCGUGCCGUGGAGGCUUUCUGCGCAUCUGGCCAAGUGAAUCUUGGAGCGGAGUUGGGGAUUUCGGCAGGACCUGUCGGUCGUGUGGCAUCUGGAGCACUGGAGGCUAGUGCGUCAAUGGAUGUAGCGCCGUGCUACUCAUACUCGCACUCAAAAGGUCUCUACGCGGGCAUCUCGCUCGAAGGAUCAGUGAUCCUCUCCAGGCCUGAUAUUAAUCGCUCGUUCUAUGGCAAAGCUGUGACGGUCCCUGAGCUGUUGGGAGGCGUAGAGCCACCUCCAGUAGCCGCUACACCGUUGUACGAAGCUAUCCGUGCGGCGAUGGAAAGUCCAGCGAAUGGUGCCAAUCGCGUCACAAGUAGCUCAUCAGUUCCGGCUCAACAGUACCAACCCACUGAAGCCACAGCAGAGUCUGCUACGCAUCCACCUCCACCAGCUCCUGUUGCAUCGUCGGCUCCAACGGGCAGCUCGUUGUUCAAUAAUGACGUCAAGCUAUAA